AUGGAGGCGCCCUGGGGGAUCGACAACGCUGAGCGGAGCUGGUACGUCUCUGCCCAGCAGCCCGAAGAGGCGGAGGCGGAAGAGUAGCCGUUGCUAAGCAACGAACUUUACAGACAGGGAUCCCCAGGUGUUUCAUUUGGUUUUUCUGUGUUUAAUUUGACGAAUGCCAUCAUGGGAAGUGGCAUCCUUGGCUUAGCUUAUGUUAUGGCUCAUACUGGCAUCCUUGGAUUUAGUUUCUUGCUGUUGAUAGUUGCUCUCCUGGCUUCUUACUCAGUUCACCUCCUGCUUAGUAUGUGCAUUCAGACAGCUGUGACAUCUUAUGAAGAUCUUGGACUCUUUGCAUUUGGAUUACCUGGAAAGGUGGCAGUAGCAGGCACCAUCCUAAUUCAGAAUAUUGGAGCUAUGUCAUCUUACCUUUUAAUUAUUAAAACAGAGCUUCCUGCUGCUAUUUCAGAAUUUUUGUCUGGAGACCAUACUAGGUCUUGGUAUCUCGAUGGACAAACACUGCUAAUAAUCAUUUGUGUUGGCAUCGUGUUCCCUCUUGCACUUCUUCCUAAAAUAGGCUUUCUUGGCUACACAAGUAGUUUAUCAUUUUUCUUUAUGGUGUUCUUUGCUCUUGUGGUGAUGAUUAAAAAAUGGUCCAUUCCUUGUCCUCUGCCAUUAAAUUAUGUAGAGCAAUACUUCCAGAUUUCAAAUGCUACAGAUGAUUGUAAACCAAAGCUCUUUCAUUUCUCCAAAGAGAGUGUUUAUGCCAUACCUACCAUGGCUUUUUCAUUUCUCUGCCAUACCUCAGUAUUGCCAAUAUACUGUGAACUUCAAAGCCCUUCAAAGAAAAGAAUGCAAAAUGUAACCCACACAGCAAUCGCCUUAAGUUUUCUCAUUUAUUUUAUAUCUGCACUCUUUGGGUACCUCACUUUUUAUGACAAAGUGGUGUCAGAAUUACUGCAAGGUUAUAGCACAUACUUGCCCCAUGAUGCUGUUCUCAUGACUGUGAAGUUAUGCCUACUAUUUGCUGUGCUUUUGACAGUCCCUCUAAUCCACUUCCCUGCAAGGAAAGCUUUAAUGAUGAUGUUUUUCUCCAGCUUUCCAUUCUCAUGGAUUCGCCAUUCUUUGAUCACUCUAGCAGCCAAUAUUAUCAUUGUUUUACUUGCAUUAUAUGUUCCUGACAUUAAGAAUGUAUUUGGUAUAGUUGGUUCCAGUACAUCAACGUGUUUGAUUUUUAUAUUCCCAGGACUGUUUUAUCUUAAACUUAGCAGAGAGGAUUUUCUCUCAUGGAAAAAGCUUGGGGCUUUUGUUUUGCUCAUCUUUGGAAUUUUGGUUGGGAAUUUUAGUUUAGCACUAAUCAUUUUUAAUUGGAUUAAUAAAUGAAAGAAAUAUGUUCCUACUUCUUAUGAAGAAUAAUUUACCUCUAUAUGCAAAAAAAGAGUAAUUCUGGAAGGCACCUUGGAUAAAUCCUUUUUAUAUGGGUAAACAUUUUUGUAAACAUUAUUAACAGAAAAGCAGAACAAAAUGGGAGUAGGUAGGGGAAAGUGGGUUUAUAACAGUUUUAAUUAAAAUAAAUUCAAAA